CUGGCGGUGGUGAGUCCAGCUUGCGUUGUUCGACCGAGAAAACGGAAAUCGGUUUGCCGCCGACCGGACUCGAACCCGCGACCUGAUGGCUGGCGCCUUGCAGGCGAUCGGCCCCGUGUCCGGCGCGCACUACAACCCCGUGGUGUCCAUGGCCGCCCUCAUCAACGGGCGCAUCGAGUGGCAGGCCUGCCUGUUCUACGUGCUGUCCCAGCUGCUCGGCUCCAUCGCCGGCGCCUUCAUCGCAUGGUGCUUGGGCGGCUCGGGCCUCACUCUGCCCGCCGCCAUGCGCCACUCCGAGACCAAGGCGCUGGUGAUGGAGAUCCUCAUCACGUCGCUGCUGGUGCUGGUCUUCCUCGGGGCCACGGAUCCGGAGCGCGGCGACGCCCUCAAGGACCUGGCCGGCAUUGCCGUGGGGCUGGCGCUGGCCGUGGGCCACUGGGUCGGGAUUCCUUUCAGUGGAGGCAGCAUGAACCCAUUCCGCACCUUAGCUUCUGCUAUAACAGAAAGCCACUGGGACAACAUAUGGAUUUACUUCGUGGGUCCACCAGUGGGGUCAGCAUUAUCAGCGGUCCUGUACAGAUUUGUCUUCUCGGGAGCCAAGGAUGGAGGAGGCGGAUUCUAAUUAAACGACAAACUGAUGUGAGCUUCACUGGCAUUGAUAUAUAUUUACAUUAAAACAAAAAAAAUUAUAAGUACAAUAAAAGUUAAAACAUCUAAUACAACA